AUGCUGGCCGGGCAGAGGGGGGGAAGGCAGGCAGGAGCAGGAGCAGCAGCAGCAGCAGGAGGAACAACAGGAGGAGGAGCAGCAGGAAGGGCAGAAGCAGGAGGAGCAGGAGGAGGAGCAGCAGUAUCGAUAAUGUCUCGGCUGGUGAAAGAUGCGUUGGCAGGAGGAGAAAACUUUCUGUCAGCGCGCUGUCAGCACGACGACAUUCUGCUGUUUGUGGGCGUGGCUGCGGCCAUCAGCGCCUGGCGCCCCGCCACUGCCGCUGUCAUCCUCCUCCGCGUGCUCGACCGCAUCGCCUUCUUCGAACGCCUCCUGGAGCAGCAGCAGUUGCAGCAACGGGGAGGUGGUGUGGUGACGCCGACGAGAGGGGGUGGGACUACUCCUACCAGAGGGUCGACGUCCACUAGAGGGGGUGUAGGUGGGUUCAGCACUACACCUUUAAACAGCACUCCCUCCUCUCCCACGUAUGGCAUGCGUCCCUGGACCACCCCUAUCCAUGCUUCUGGCGCCGCUGCUGCUGCUGAUACCAGUCUUAGCAUUAGUAUCAGCAGCGCUGGGAGUCACGUGCCCCCAGGUGCAGCCUCCCCCCGUUCCACCUCCCCCCAGAAUGGUUCUGUUCUUCUGGGCGGCAAGCGGGCGGGCGCGAACCUGCCUGCGUGCCGCUCGUUUGUCGUGUCGUGCCUGUUGGCGGUUUUGUCCUCUUGUGAGGACCGGGCGGCGGCAGCCAUGGCGGCCGCCACGCCAGCAGUGCAGCGGCUGCUGAUGUGGCAGGAGGCGAAGGUUGCUCUAGCUGAAGGCUUAGCCGCUGCCAAGCACUCGAGCCUGGAGGAGCGGUGCGAGGAGCAGGAUCGGCUGUACCUGCAGCUCAGCCUCGGCCCGGGCCUGUUGGCUAUGACGCUCUCGGCAGCCAUGCGGGACCUGCCGAACCUGCAUCCGGACGAUACCAUGGCUGUAGCUUCGGCGGUGGAAGGUAUGGGGGUGGAGGAGGCGGCGUUUCACGCAGGGUUGCGGGCGGUGGCGAGUGGGAGGCUGGGUGCGGAGGGGUUUGAUGCGGUUGUGAGGAUGGUGUUUGUGGGGCGAGGGGUUCAGUCUGUGGCGAUGAGAUUCGCCAAGCUGACUGCUGCGGUGAAAUCGGUGCGGUUUCUGGGCGGCGGGAGCGGGGCGGCCGGCGCGCCGCCCGGAGGAGCUGCGGGGGCGGGGAUGCUCGGACUGGGCGGCAGCGCGGGCGGCAGCAUGGCCGGCGGUGCGGGCGGCAGUGCAACCGGCAGCGUGACUGCAGUAGGCACUUUCACGGGCAGCAGGGGCGGGGCUGGGGCAGUGGAGGACGACGUUUUGUCGACGGAAGGAGGGCUUGGCCCGGGCAGCGAAAUUUCUGUCAGCAGUGUUGGUGCCCGUAGCGCUUCCGCUUCUGCCGCUGGUGCUGCUAUAGCCAGUGGUGGUGGUGGUGGUUUUGCAAGUGCUAUUGCUGCAGCUCUUACCAGCACUGCCAGUAUCUGCAGUGGUGGUGGCGGCGCUGGUAACCGCGGUAACAACGGUAACGGGUUCGGGUGGGGUAACGGGAGCAACUGGGGCGGCGGCAGCAACUGGGGUGGCGGGACGAAUGCGGUGCUGAGGAGUGAGGAGAUGAGGAAGCAGCAUGCAUGGGCGUAUGAGGUGCUGUUGAAUUUCCUCCGCAUCAACAGCCGAGGGGCUCCCAUGGAAGAGCGGGAGCUGGACCUUUGUGCGCGAGUGGUGCUCAACAAGUGGCUCGGCGAGGGCUCCGAGGCUGACCGCGAGGCUCGGGCAGUGGCUCGGGUGGAGAGGAUGGGCAAUCCAGGGUCGGAGGUGGGGUGGCCCAUGUGGCUGCGCAUCGGACGGCUGGUGGAGAGCGAGAUGAGCCACAUGCCACGUCUGAUGGAGGCCAUGCACGCACUGUCCAUCUGGCUCAACUACGAUAAACUCGAAGAGGAUGGGUCAUGCUCAGACGCCACAGCAGGGGAGGUGUUGGACUGGGGCAUGCACGGGCUGCUGCAUGUGCUGCCAGAGAACUCCCCCGCGCAGACUCUGCUUGACCUGCUUGACCCGGAGGACGAUGACUGGGUGGACUUGUCGCUGGCUGUCGUGGCGCGCAUCGCUGCCUGCCCCAGCGUGCACUGGCCUGUCAAAGGGGGGUCGGCGUUGUUCGUUGCUAAACUGCUCACCCUUGUGGAAGACUGCGCUGAGAUGACGCGCGACCAGCAGAGCCGCGCCGUGCAGGUGGCGGUGCAGCUGUGGGGGUGGGCCAUGCCCAAACGCGAGCAGCUGCUGGAGCAGUGCGAGACCGAGGAGGAGGUCAUGGAGGUUCUCGACCGCUCAGCUGCUGCCACGUGGCGCUCUGUUGCUCUUGGAGCUACGGCUUCUGUGCUGGUUGGCGCAGGAAGGUCCGCGGAGUUGGAAGAAGCGGCUGGAAGAGAUCAAGGCGGAGAGCCGCCUGCGGGAGCAGGGGCGGCAGCGGCAGGAGAAGCGGAGGCGGGAGAUGCAGAAGAGCGGAGUGUUUUUGCUGGACUUCGGGGGGAAGAAAGAGGAGGCGGACAACCACUCCCCCUCCGCACUGCUGCGCGGGAGUAUGUGGAGGAGUAUGAAGCUGGCUAUUACAACCUCAAGGGUACAAAGUGGGAGAAGCGCAUUGUUGACGUGGCAGCAGCGCUCGCGGACCAAUCAGAGUCCUUCUACAGCGGGAACAGCGGGCACGUGUUCUUCCUCUGCCACGCGGACCGCCUAAAUAGCCCCAAGCAGGCCGGCAGCAGUGUGACAGACAACAGCGUGAUUGAAUCGAACGGAACGAACGGCACUGCAACAGGCGGUGCUGCUGUGACAGUAAAGAAAAUAUCUGCAGCUGCCACCACCCCAGCAGUGCCUGCUUCAGUAGUCGCGCGGCUGAACGCCAGGUGGGUGGAUGCAUCCAAAGUGAUGGACCAUCUAUUGAAUAAGAAGAGAUUAAAGCCCGCGCUGCACUAUCGUCUCAACCCGUCGGGCCCUGCAGGCGGCGUUCCUGAACUUGUGGCUUGCAUCGCACGGCUUCAGGAGAUUGGGAGUGCUCGCGCGAAUCCUCCUGUGAAUCCUCCUGUGAAUCCUCCUGUGAAUCCUCCUGUGAAUCCUCCUGUGAAUCCUCCUGUGAAUCCUCUUGUGAAUCUUCCUGUGAAUCCUUCUGUGAAUCCUCCUGUAAAUUCCGUGAAUCCUCCUGCUUUGUCUGAUACGCCAAAAGUGCUCACUAUGCGUCAGAAAAGGAGGCAUCGUAAACGCAUGAGAACCGAGGUCGUAGCCUGCAUCGCACGGCUUCAGGAGAUUGGGGGUGCUCGCGUGAAUCCUCCUGCGGGUCCUUCUGUGAAUCCUCCUUUGAACCCUCUUGUGAAUCCUCCUGUGAAUCCUCCUGCUCUGUCUGAUACGCCAAAAGUGCUUACUAGGCGUCUGCAAAGGAGGCAUCGUAAACGCAUGAGAACCGAGUCUUGUACUAAUGCAUGUUAA